AUGGAGACCACCACCAUCACCACCACGCAGACCACCGCCUUCACCUUUGCACUGAAGGAGAGACACCCCACCCUCAGCCUGCACGCCCCGGCCCAGGACUGCUCCGUGCCCCCCCACCCGGACCCCCGGCACCCGGACCCCAGGAACCCGGACCCCGGGCACCAGGACCCCGGGAACCCCAAGGUGCUGAAGAGGCAGCGCUCCAUGUCCCCGGAGCUGCUGCGCUGCAAGCGGCGCCUGAGCUUCACGGGCCUCGGGUACUCCAUGCCCCCCCCCCAGCAGCCCGUGGCCGUGGCGCGCCGGAACGAGCGCGAGAGGAACCGGGUCAAGCAGGUCAACAUGGGCUUCCAGACCCUCAGGCAGCACGUGCCCAACGGGGCCGCCAACAAGAAGAUGAGCAAGGUGGAGACCCUGAGGUCCGCGGUGGAGUACAUCCGGGCGCUGCAGCAGCUGCUGGACGAGCACGACGCCGUGUCCGCCGCCUUCCAGUGCGGGCUCCCGUCCCCCUGCGGGCUCCCGUCCCCGUGCGGGCUCCCGUCCCCGUGCGGGCUCCCGUCCCCGGCCGUCUCCACCAGCUACUCCGCCGAGCCCGAGUCGCCUCACUCCACCUACUCGUCGGAUGAAGGCGGCUACGAGCCCCUGAGCUCCGAGGAGCAGGAGCUGCUGGACUUUACCACCUGGUUCGACAGGUACUGA